AUGAAAUCACCCAUCUUAGCAACAACAUAUAAUAACAUCGAAUUAGUUUAUGACCAUCAAGGUGGUUAUGAGAAAGUAUUGAAAUCUUAUGAAAAAUAUCUUGAAAUUAAACUGAUUUCACUUCCACCAAAUCGCCCUGAUGUUGCAAGAACAAAUAAUAACGCCGGAAUGGUUUAUUGCAAUGAAGGUGAUUAUGAGAAGGCAUUGAAAUCUUAUGAAAAAUGUCUUGAAAUUCAAUUGAUUUCACUUCCACCAAAUCGCCCUGAUGUUGCAAGAACAUAUAAUAACAUUGGAAUGGUUUAUUGCAAUGAAGCAGCUAGACGUUUAAUUCAAGAAUUGACGGAAGGUGAAGACUGA